GGUCCUGAGCGGAGCGAAUCCGCGGCCGGGGGCGACGCCCCGUCGGCCGCGGGGGGAAGGCGCAGCGGCCGGUGCGCGUCGAGGCCAGGAGAAAACUACCCCCGGAGCCGGAGAGCCGACGGAGGAGCGGCAGUCGUCGGGCGACUUUGCCACUCGCAGGCCGAAGCUCGCGCGGUCUUAGCCCUGCCUCGGUCCUUGUUCGGGAGGUUCGGCUCUCCGAGUAUUUGAGUUUCGAUGACAAGGGAGUAGUCGGGAGUGCGGGAUAAGCCUGAGAAUCGCAGCAGUUCCGGGGGAGCAUGUACCCGGGGGCGUAGCCUCCCGGCUCGCUUCUCGAGGAGUGUCAAGUGUGCCCCGGUGCUCUCGGAUUAGAGCGAGAUGUUCCGAGUGCCGGAGGGAGUGCGAGAAUCGAGGAGAACGUGAAGCAGCAUCGUCGAGGAGUGCGAUGGAGUGUUCCGGGCUCGAGGAGACCGAGCUCGACGUCGGCUCGGCGAGCGACGAGCUCGAGAGCGUCAACGACGCUCCGAGGAAGGACGGCGAGCACCAGGAGUACCAGCAUCGACCGACGCCCCGGCCCUUCACGAUAGAGAGCCUCAUCGGGAACCGGAGCCAGGGCGGCGACUCCCGGAAGGCCCGGGGCGCCGGGAUCGAGGCCGUCGAGGACGCGGAGCGCGACCGGGAGCUUCUCUACCGACGGCACUGCCUCGCGAGCGCCGCGGGCGCCUUACCAGCAGGACUCGCGAUGCCCGCACUCGGGCUCUACGGCGCCUGGCUCCCGAUGAGGAUGUACGCCGGAGCUCCUGGCACCUCCGCCGACGACGGACCCCCCUCCGGGUUCCCGCACCGACAAGCCUCCGCAGCUUUUCCGUCGCAGCACCUCGUCGCCGGGCACCACAACAGCCUCUACGAGGACAGAGCCUCCGGACAGCACCUCCCCUUCGAUUCCCACGUCAACGCCUACCCUGGCUUCCCGGAAGGACGCGCCCGGAUUAACCUCACCGACAGCGAGGACGACGGUAGUCUGUCGCCAGUUCACGAUUUGUCCAGCAAGUCCCGCCACGGAUCGGAGAGCGGUCGAGUGUCAGCGGAGAGCGAGGACGAGCUGCUCGGGGACGGGGUCGUCGGCGUCGAGGAUGGGGGGGAUUCGGUUGGGAAGAAGCCGCGGGGAAGCGAGUCCGGGAGUUGCGGGGCCGGAGGCGGCGGGCUCGGAGGAGGAUCGUCGAGCAGCAAAGCGCGUCGGCGACGAACGGCGUUCACGUCGGAGCAGCUGCUGGAGCUGGAGCGUGAAUUUCACGCGAAGAAAUAUCUGAGUUUGACGGAGCGCUCGCACAUAGCCCACGCCCUGAAGCUGUCCGAGGUCCAGGUGAAGAUUUGGUUCCAGAACCGGCGCGCCAAGUGGAAGCGGGUCAAGGCGGGCCUGACGAGCGGGGGCGGCGGGGCCGGGGGCGGCAGCGGGGGGAGCGCGAACGGCCGGCACGGCGGGGGCCUGAGCGACGGGCCAAGGAUCGUCGUCCCCAUCCCCGUGCACGUGAGCAGGCUCGCCGUCCGGUCGCACCACCAUCACCUGGAAAAGCGGCCGGGCCAGGGCCAGCAGAGCCUCGUCCUGCUGGGGGACGCGACCGGGUUGGGAGCCGCGUCCUCGUCGGCGACGGGGACGACGCCGACGGUCCCGAGGCCCGGGGGGCUCGGGAGAAUCGGCGCCGGAGCCUCGCUGACCGCGGGCAUCGGCCAACUCGGCACCGGCACGGGCCUCAGGGCGUUCAGUGCACCCCGGAACACGAGAACCCCGAGGAGGUAGCCCGAAUCGGGGAGAUGGUGCCUGCCGCCGAUCCGACGGCCUCGCGACGACGCCAAACCGGGCGCACAUCGACGCACCGAAUCUCGAUGAUCAACCGAAUAUCCCGCUGGCGAUUAUGAAGAUUACGGAACACGGAGCGCCCGCGACCCGCGGACGACUCCUGCGGGCCGCACCCAUCUCCCAUCUCGGAGAAACUCGCCGUUGUAAUCCCCCAAAGAGGAUUAUCCUCGCAGAGGUAACGAGACCCCGGGAGGAUUACCGACGAUAAUAAAAAGCAACCGGCAGCCAACGACGCUCGCCUCGAUCGGAGACUCACUCUUUGUAUAUACGAGACACAUUAACUCGCCUCCGUACCUUAAGAUAAUGAGAGACGACUCCUCGUGGGAGGGGAUCGAGACCCUCCGACCUUCGCCAUCCGUAUGGAUCGUAUGGAGGCGCCACCGGAGUGCGCGGAGCCUCGGAAAUUGGUGGGGAAUUAUCGGUCUCUCGUGUCCAAAGCCCCGCGAGCCGGGGACAAACGCGAUAAAACUCCACGCGCUCGUCUUCUCACGACCCUUCGUAUUAUCGUUGUUUUAUUUUUCAUUUUUUUCCACUCUCCCGUCGCAUCGAAUACGGGAUAUUAUUUAAUUGAUGUAAAUAAAUAUGUAAAUGGAAGAUCUACCUUAAUAUAUUUGCACGUUGCUCCGUACCGACCGCCGCCGUGCCCCGGAAUAUUCAGAUCGAGUUUUUUGGAGGCAGCCAACCCGUCAGCUGACACCAAAGAUAAACCUUUUUCAGCCCAAUCAUUGUGUGUAUAGUUUCGGUAUCGCUACGGAAAUACGAAAAUAAACGUGUGUAACGCAUUUUAACAACGAG